GAAAGUGCCUUUCCCAACGGCACAUGAUCGGUGGCUUGUCAGGACUCAGUAUCUAUCAAGCAGACUUACUCGCUUGUGUGGAGUAUGAUGUACUUCAAUGUUAACAACCAUGAUUCAUACAAGGAUUUCGACCUUUCGCCUUUCGCCACCAGAGGAUGUCAUUUAAGCCAGUUUGGCUCAUAAAUCCAGAUGAGUGGGGGACCCGGAGGGUGUUUGGGCGGACUGGUCUGACCGGUCCUACCUCCCCCCCUCCUCACACACACACCAGCCUGGCAGCGGAGAAAGUGAAGAGGUAAAAGUGCCCAGGUGUCCUUGAAAACAAGGUUUUGUCACCUGGUGUCCAGGAGUGCCAACAGCGCGCCCCCCUCCCCAACAUGGCCGACUUUAUGAACCCGCUGUUCGACAAGUUCGGAGCCGAUCCGGAGUCGGCGCCAUUUCUGCCCCGGAAGGACGACUCCGGCCAGGAAGACGGGGAAGUUCCCGCCUCGUGCGCGACGCCGGCUGCAGAACUGGAGAGAGACCCUCUGGGUCACGUGGUCUCGGCUCACACCAUCGCGGACAUUAUUCUGGACAAGAACACGGAGAUGCCGCUGACGGUGGGGGUGUUCGGCGGGACCGGGGCGGGGAAGACAUCCUUCCACACUGCCGUCAAAAAGGAAGUUCUGAAAAGGACGUCGCUUGUUCAGCACUACAAAAAGAAGAUAGACGAACAAGGAGUCUUAAAGAAGAAGAAGAAACCCAAGAAUCUUCUGGGGCGAAUCGACUUCUACGUUAUCCUGCUGUGCUACACGGGCUUGGUCGCGGGCACCAUCGCAAGCGGUUUGAAGUACCCUCCGGCGUUCUACUACCUUUUGGGCGGCUCCCUGGCUACCUUGUGCCCGAUCGCAGUGUAUUACCGGGAGUAUGUCGGCCGUCUGGCCCGGCUGGUUGCAGCCCGUCUGCCGGCCCUCUUCGCCAAGUCCAGCCCGAUGUACCACAUCCUCCGCACCUACCUGGACAUCAAAGUUAAACCGCUGGACACAAGGCUCGUACUGGAGCAGCCGGAGAGACGAACAGAUGUGAUCUGGGUGGACUUCAACGCCUGGGUGUUUUCCGGCUGCAAUGUAUUGUGGGCCGGCAUCGUCACCCGGCUUUGUGACGAAGUCGAGGCUCACGUUGGCGCCAAAAACGUUCGUUUUUUCCGCCACAUACAGGCGAAAGCAGAAGCGGCGGCCGCACAGCCAACCAAGCGGACCGUACUGCCAAAAUGGUUCCGUCUGCUGGCGAAUCUUGUGAUCGCUGCCGGGCUGGUGGCUCUGGCUGCAGUGGGCAUCGACAUAGACGCCGUAUCGAGGGGCGAGUUCCCCCCCGGGGUGGUGCCGCUUCUCCCUUUGCUGGUGGGUGUGCUCGCUAAAGGGAAGAGCGCUGUGACGUUCGGCAGGAGCAUGGUGAAGUCCCAGUCAGACAACAUCACGUCUCUCAUGGCGCGCCCGGGAUUCGCAGAGCAGCUAGGUUUCAUGUCAGAGGUCAAAAAGGAGGUCCAGACCGUAAAAUCUCUGCUAGCGUACCUGGAGAGAACGACGAACGUGCGGUACCGGAUCGUGGUAGUCGUUGACGACCUGUCUGACUGCCAGGAGGACCGCGUGGUGGGCGUGCUCCAGGCGCUGAAGGUCCUCCUGUCAGACGAGGAUGCCAACAUCAUCUCCAUCCUCUGUGUCAAUCCUGCACAGGUGGUGAAGUGUCUUGAGGGGACCCUGAAGCAGCUGGAAGACGCAGACACGAGUGGCUACAAGUAUCUUAACGAGAUCGUCAACUUCGCCGUGUGUCUGCCUGAACCUGGAGUUGACGCCAUGAAGCAGGUUCUGGCCAAGGCGACACCACAAGAUGUCGGAGAGCAGCUGGCGUCUAAGAUGGCGGAAAAGCUCAAGAAAGCUGCAGAAGCUGCUGCAGUACCUGAGAAGGCGCCUGCUGCUGAAACACCUGCGGCAGCAGAAGAAGAAACGGACGUCUUGCCGCUCCUGCUGGAAGCUCUUGAGAACGGUGACGUCAUGCCUUACGUGAAGGGCAACCCGCGCUACAUCCGGGAUCUGUACUUUGUCCUGCGCAUGACGGCUGGCGUCGUCGAGUACAGACUCAAGCUCGGCGAGUUCAACAUCAAGGACUGGGACAAGCUUGUAGCCUGGGUAGUGCUGGUACAACAGUGGCCGUACAGAGUAAGCUGGAUCGUGCUUCAUGCCGAAGACCUCGAACUGAAGGCAGCCAUGAAAAAACGGGAGAAGCUUUCCAGCUGCGUCGAACAGGAUCUUGACGACUACAUGGACAAGAAACUCCUCGCCAUCUUCAAGUCUGCGCAGGAGAAGCAGAAGGAGCUGGAGAAGAAGGGAGGAGAGGCCUGGAAGCGGCUGAACUCCUUAGACGGAGACAUCGAGCUUCUUGAGAUGUUUCUCCAGGAGUUUGACUUUACUGUGCAGGACAUGUUCCACCUCCUCCCCGUGACAACAAACUUGGACUCUUCCAUCAAGAUGGCGAUCAACUCAGCCAGCGGACAGACGUGACGUCAGGAGACAAAACAAAUUGAACAAAAAACAUGAGCACUUUUUGUGUAUAUUAUUUGGGUAAAUAAUCCUGGAGGGACAUGGCUACAGCCGCUAUGCAA